AUGCCACGACUAAAUGCCACAAUAGAAAGAAUAUGUGAAGCUAUAAUUUUGAUGGAAGAAAUACCAUCACCACCAAAUGCGGGAAAUGAACCACCACCAGGAAGGAGAAGUAGGUAUUUUUGUGUUUACCAUCAAUUUCAUGGUCACACAAUAAACAAUUGCAUGGAUAUAAAGAAGAUCAUACUACGAAUGAUAAAUCAAGGAAAGUUGAAUCAUUUUUUUGUGCAGCAACCACAAAAUUUACCGCCACCACCUCCAGAAGAUCGCACGCAAGGCACGAAAACAAGAAAAAAUACAUAUUUGAUUGAGGUGGCUGCGAAGGCAAAGAAUCUCUACUGUAAUUCUAUAAUCCAUUCGUACAAGAAUAUAGAAGACUUCCAUGAUAAUAUCUUGAGUAGAGUUUACGCAAGGGAUAAUGAUGGGAGAGAGGUAUUGAAUCUUGCGAAGGUAAAGCCCCUAAAUGAUUGGCAGAAACAAUCUAUUUUACUUAACGCAGAAGAAAUACCUGGGGGUGAAGAACCACAUGAGAUUCCACUAGCGGUGAAUUUAGAAAUUAAUCCAAGAACAACAGUUGAUGAAGAUGAAGAGGCAUAUGCAGAUACAUGGGCUAUCAACAGAAUACUUAUAGAUACUGGAAGUUCGGUGAAUAUAUUAUUUUACCACACUUACAAAACCAUGGGCGGCCGAGAUGAGGAACUCAUUCCUUCUACAUAUAAAAUUUAUGGUUUUAAUAGCACAACUAACAAACCAAAGGGGGAGAUAACAAUGAGAAUUCAUUUAAAAACCAUAUCUUCUGAAGUACUGUUCUGUGUAGUUGAUGUGGAGUCACCUUAUAAUGCUCUGAUUGGAAGACCGUGGCUACAUAGUAUUCUGGGGGUGGAUUCUACGUUUCACCAAUGCAUUAAGUUUCCGUUACCUCAAGGAGUGGGAAUCAUAAGAGGAGAUCCAAUUGAAGGAAAAACAUGCCAUGAGAUUGAUAUUCACAAAUGUGAAGAGCGUUUAUGCAAAAGAAGAAGCUGGAAACAACAAGUAAAAGAAUAUCAAAAAGGAUAA